CCCAUAAUUCCUCAACCAAAACCAAAAUUAAAAAAAAAAAUUCUAAAAAUAUCAUUUUCUUCUCCUUUUGCUUAAUCUUUGCACUUCUUGUGUUGGAUUAUUGGGUUUUGAUUAAUUUUUCCUUUUAAACAAAAAAAUGUCAGGCGUUUGGGUGUUCAACAAAGGUGUGUUUCGAUUGGUUGAGAAUCCUCAAGCAGAGGCAUCAGAUGGAAGGCAUGGGAAGAGGAAGAUGUUGGUUCACUUGCCGACGGGGGAAGUGGUAACUUCUUAUGCUUUUCUUGAGAGAAUAUUGACUGGAUUAGGUUGGGAGAGGUACUAUGACGGAGAUCCUGAUUUAUACCAAUUUCAUAAACACUCUUCUAUUGACCUAAUCUCGCUACCUAGAGAUUUCUCCAAAUUCAAUUCCAUCCAUAUGUAUGAUAUUGUCGUCAAAACCCCUAAUGUCUUCCAUGUUAGGGAUAAGUGAUGAGUUUGGAUAUGCUAUACUACUAGCUAAGUGGUUAAUUAGCUCUUCAACUCAUCUUCUUCCUUUUUGGGGUGUUUAAGAUUUAUUUUCUGAUGUUGGUGUGGUUUUCUAUACAUAUAUAUAGAGCUAGGGUUUUU